GUGAACCCAUUCACUCCCACGGACACACCAUAUCCAAGCCAUGGGUCUCCUAUCUUGGUUCAAAGGCAAGCCACAGCAACCCGACUCCAAACCCAAACCAGCGGAGAGUCCGAACGCGAAACCCGCAGCCGAAGUGCCGGGCAUGCACGGCGCCGUGGAGGUGUCCCGACCCCCCGACAUUACGGUGUUCGAGUUCGGGUCGGUGGCCGCAUCCGCCGACAAGGUCACUCUCGCCGGCUACUGCCCUGUCUCCGACGACCUCGAGCCCUGCCGCUGGGAGAUUCUCCCCGCGAGCGAUUCCGACGCGCCCCAGUUCCGCGUGGUCUUCUGACUGAGAGCGAGAGUGUGUCUCAGAGAGAGUAAGGGAGAGUAUUUUUUUUUUUUAUCUGUAAGAAGAAAUUGAAACUUAGAGAGACCCUUUUUGUGAGUUUGUUUGUUAUAUAUGUGAAAUUUGAAAAGGGUUCUGCGUA